AUGGCACCACCGACUCCCGGCAUGCUCUACGUGACGAUGCAGCCCCAGCCGGGCCUGUCUCUCGAUCAAUUCAACGAGUGGUACAACAACGAGCACGGCCCGACCAGACUGCGCCUCCCCCACAUCUUCCCCAACGGCCUGCGGUACCGCGCAACCGACGGCAAGGAGCCGACUUUUCUCGCCAACUACGACGUGACUGACAUGAGCCACCUCGAGACACCGACCUACCUGGACCUACGAGCGAACCGGUCCCCCCGCGAGGCCGAGACCAUCGGCCAGGUCGACGUCAAGCGCUACUUCUUCGACUUCGUCUUCGGCCAGCAGUCGCCCGCUUUUGUCCCUAUCGAGCAGUUGACCGACGAGGAGGCCGAGGGCCAGGUCCUGAUCGCCGUCGACGUCACCCUGCAAAACGUGGAAGGCGCCGAGGAAGAAGCGGUCAAGUGGUACAAGGAGGAACACGUUCCCAUGCUGUCCAAGGUCCCGGGCUGGCUCCGGUCACGGUGCUUCCGCACCUCCUCCCUCGACAAGGGCGCUCCUGCCAAGCUCUGGUCUCUGCACGAAUAUGCGAAGGACAACGGACUGGGAGGUCCGGAGCACAAGGCCUCCAUGGAUACCAAGUGGAGGACUGAGGUCUUCUCCAAAUACAUCGGCGACAAAGGCCGCCGUGCCUACUCGCUCUUCUACGUCUUCGGCCCCGCCCCGCGCGAGCUGUCAUCGCUCUCGCGACUCCCGGAUUCCAAGGACUUCACCUCUCCGGACUCGAAGCAGUCUACGACGCCCGGCCCGUCUGCGGUCAUCAACUCCUACAUCAGUACGGCCGACAACCUCGUCGUGCCCUACCGGUUGGAGGGCAACCCUUCCCCCAACGCACCCACGAUCGCCUUCUGCAACUCGCUGCUGACCUCCCUGCACAUGUGGGACGACUUGGUCGCCAUCCUCAAGAAGAACCGGCCCGAGUUCCGCAUCGUGCGGUACGACUUCCGCGGUCGCCAGGCCAUACCCGACCCGCCCACCCCCUCCACCCUCGACAAGCUCGCCGACGACCUGGACGCCGUGCUGACCGCCCUGCGCAUCCCCAAGCUGCACGCCCUCGUCGGCGUCUCCAUGGGCGGCGCUACGACCCUCAAGUUCGCGCUCAAGUACCCGGCACGCCUGUCGCGCUUCGUCGCCUGCGACUUCAACGUCGCCAGCUCCGAGGCCAACACCAAGGCUUGGAAGGAGCGCAUCGCCGUCGCCGAGACCCCCGCGUCCGCGGAGGACGGCCAGCCCGGCAUCCGCAAGCUGGCCGGCCAGACGGUCGAGCGGUGGUUCCACCCGCACACGGUCAGCGACAAGAAGGCCGCCACGCAGCGCAUGGUCGACAUGGUCGCCGCCAACGACGUCCGCGGCUUCCGGUACGGCUGCCAGGCGCUGUGGGACUACGACAUGAAGGGCGAGAUGAAGGGGUGCCGGGUGCCCGGCCUGCUCGUCGUCGGUGACGGCGACGGCAAGGGCGCGCUGGUCAGGGCCAUGGAGGGGUUCAAGGGCUUGGUCGGGGAGGCGGGCGCGGAGCUCAGGAUCGUGCCUGAGGCGGGACACUUACCCAUGUAUGAGGCGCCUGAGGCGUUUUGGGAGAGUGUCAAGGACUUUUUGUAG